ACUGCAUCUUGGUGCUAAAUGAACGCAGCAUUUUAUCUUGCUACUUUUUGAGAUCCAUAAACUAUGUACCUAGAGGUGAUAGUGGCAUUGGGGCUCGGAUUGGUGGUCGCUCUGAUAUUUCUAAAAAAGAGAAAGACUGUCCUGAAAGUGCAGGAUGGGUGGUGGGGUAUGGGAACUUGUCCCCAAGGACCUGAGGAUGACAGUAUCCGGCCAUUUAAAGUUGAGACGACUCCUGAAGAGAUUGAGGAUCUACACCGUAGGCUAGACCAGACCCGCUCCUUUCCUUCUCUUGAAGACAGCCAGUUCAACUACGGCUUCAACUCCAAAUACCUUGAGAAGGUUGUGUCUUACUGGAGGAAGGACUUUAAUUGGGGAAAACAACUGGAUAAACUGAACAAAUAUCCUCAUUUCAAAACCAAAAUCGAAGGCAUUGAUAUUCACUAUGUUCACGUGAAACCGAAGAACCUGCCAGAGGGAACCCGCGCUGUACCACUGAUGAUGGUUCACGGAUGGCCUGGCUCUUUUUAUGAGUUUUACGGCAUCAUCCCCCUGCUCACAGAGCCAUCUAAUCCAGAUGACAUAACCUUUGAAGUCAUUUGCCCCUCGAUACCUGGUUACGGCUUUUCAGAAGCAUCACACAAGAAAGGUUUUGACACAGUGUGUGCUGCUCAUAUAUUCAAUAAACUGAUGAAGCGCCUUGGAUUCACCCAGUACUAUGUUCAGGGAGGAGAUUGGGGGUCCAUGAUUACCACGAAUAUGGCUCAGUUGGAGCCCAAUGCUGUAAAAGGUCUCCACAUUAACUUCGCUCCCCCUGCACAAGGCAGUGUUCUUAUGGGCUUAUCUUUAAUUUUCGGCCGUCGAUUCCCCAAACUCUUUGGCUUCACCGAGCAUGAUGUGAAACGUCUAUUCCCCUGCAUGGACAAGCUUGUAGUGGAUGCUUUGAGGGAGACUGGAUACAUGCACAUACAGGCCACUAAACCUGACACUGCAGGCCGUGGGUUGAAUGACUCCCCUGUUGGUUUGGCUGCUUACAUUUUGGAGAAAUUCUCAACCUGGACUGACCCUGAAUUUAGGAAGCUUGAGGACGGUGGACUGGAGAGGAAGUAUUCUCUUGAUGAUCUUCUGACGAAUGUGAUGAUCUACUGGACUUCUGGAUGCAUUAUAUCCUCCAUGCGUUUCUACAAGGAGAACUUUGGCAAAGGCCUGAACCAGCCUCAUGCAAAGCUUCCGGUUCACGUUCCGACAGGUGUGGCUUCUUUCCCUAAUGAGCUUUUGCACACCCCGAAACUGUGGGUAACAGACAAAUACCGUAACCUCAAGUCUUACACACCCAUUGCUCGUGGAGGCCAUUUUGCAGCUAUGGAGGAACCACAGUUACUGGCUGAAGAUGUGCAGAACUUUGUCAAGAUUGUAGAGAACAGGAAGCGGAAAUGAUCCAUUCUAAUUCACACUCAUGGGACUCUAAUAAACGCAUUUAUAAAGUGAUUACCAUGUAGGAAAAACACAAUCCUCACUACAAAUACAUACUGUAAUCUGCAUUGUCAAAGCUCUUAUAAAGAAAUGCAUUCGCACUGCUAGGAAUAUAUAACAAUUGUGCUUUAAAGGGAUAGUUCACCCUUCAAAAAUGUUUUAAACUGGCAUAAUUUUUCCCUCUUCACAUGUUCCAAACCUCAUACAGGUUAUUUCAUCUGCUGAAAACAAGAGACAAGAUAUUCUAAAGAACAAACUAAACCAAAAUCAUUGCUUCCAUAGUAAGCCAUUGGGACCAACAAUGAUUUUGGUGAACUCUACUAUGGUAGUCAAUGGGGACCAUCAACUUUUGGUCACCAACAUAUCUUUUGAUUCUGCUCAAAAGAAGAUAUUUUGAAGAACGUUGGUAAACAAAAAUUGGACUUCCAUAGUAAGCCAAUCGCAAUUUUGGAAAAACUUGUGUAAAUAAAUAAUAACAGAAAUGUCAUUUUUGGGUGAGCUGUCCCUUUAAGAGGAAUUGUGCUUCACAUGAUUAUAAAUUGACAGACGCUUGCUUGUGAAAUAUUUCAGAGUGAUUUGAUGCUGAUGUGUUUAAACGCGAUCAAUACAGUUCAAGAUAUUAAACAAUAUGAAAUUUAAA